CUGAAGAGGACAACACGGUUGGAAAGGAAGAGGGGGAUAAAUGAAAAUCUACAAAAAAAAGGCAGAGACUGAGGACUUGUGGAUAUAAAGAGGACAACGAUUUUAGGAACAUCCAAUCCGCAGCAAGAAUGGACAUGCAGCAGAGGAGGAAAGAAAUCUUCUAAGGAACAAGAGCCGUGUUUGAUACAGAAGAGACGAUUCUCUCAUCAUGAUUCGUUCGGAACACAAUUCAAAGGACUUGCGCAAGAAGAGCACCUUCGUCCCCGGAUAGAAUGAAGAGAGGACCAAAGUGAAACCUGCCGAGUCUGUGAUACCCUGCUGCUCCUCCUCCUCUUCACCUUAGACUCAACCACUUUCCUCUCCUUCUUUAAAGUAACCAACUUCCUCCUGUGUCCUGAUAUCUCCUCUCCUCACUUCUCCAUCUCCUCACUAUGUGGAUACCAGCUUUGCUCCUAUGGGUGCUUAACAUUAGCCAUUUGUGCUCAGGACAAGACUAUAUGGACUAUUAUCAAACUGGAGACAUGGGCACUGUGGCUCCUGCGUUGUCAAAUGACCAGCCAACUUUGGACACAGUUACAACUAUGGAUCAGCUAUUACAGCUUCUGUACCCAGAAUACAGUUUGCUUCAGCACUGCCUGAAGAAGAAGUCAUGGCAUGCCUCCUCACCCCAAUCUUUUUCAGCCACCUCAGCGAGCCCUAUGGAUUACGAUGAAGAUCUUUGGGGUCAGCCAAGGGAGGAGGCUCUUCACAAAGUUGACGGGACUUUGGGAGUCAUCCUAGAGGAGAUGCAACGGAUUUUGUGCCAGCCCAGAGAGGUGUGUGUGGAGGUCGCAAAGGAAUAUCCAGAGUCUACCGGUCAGAUGUACCUCCCUCGAUGUGUGGCGCUGCAUCGGUGCGGUGGAUGCUGCACCGAGAGCUAUUACUGCGCAAAUACAAGUCACUCGCUCAUAAACAAGACCUUGAUGGAACUGUCCCCUCCCAGGAUGGAUCACUCCGUCGUCAUGGUUACCUUUGUCAACCACACUUCAUGUGAAUGCCUCCCCAAGCGUCCUCUCCACUCCAUCAUAAGACGAGCCGCAACAGAUCACCUGUGUUCCCCUCCUGACGUUCCCUGUGCCUCAGGGUCACUGUGGGAUCCAGUGAAUUGUGUGUGUCUCUCUUCAAACGUCAUAAACUACUCUGAGAGAGAGACGGAUAUUGUGGAGACCGGUCUUCUGGCUCUAUGUGGGCCCAAUAGGGUUCUGCAGGAAUCCACCUGUGAUUGCGUCUGUCGAAACGGACUGACCGAGGACAGCUGCGACCCAGGCUGGAAACUGGACCACAACACCUGUAAGAAAGGCUACAUUUUUUGGUUAAUAUAUUGUUUAAAGCAGAAAUUAAGGUGUUUCAGUUUUCAGUACACAAAUAUUGACACGGGACAAGGUGGGGAAACGCAACAGGGAGUGAAAAGGAGGUUUAUUAAAACAGCAAAAGCCAGGUACAGAGCAAUACAUGUAGACACGGAGGCAAACGACUGGACUGAAGUAUUCCUUGUUCCUGCCAGGCAGGACCUGCUAUUUCUCUCUGGAGGCUGCUGGGGUGGUCUUGAGAGCAGGCUGGCAACAGACGGUGUAACUGCAGGUCCAUCGUAGGGGUGAAACAAAAGGCCAGCCCCCUAAAGGCAUAGCUUACUGAUAAAGGAAAUUCCCUCAUUAGCCACUCACCACUAUGCUGAUGGAGGAGUGGGUGAAGUGCUUAAGUCCACAAAACACUUCCGGAGUCUCAGGGGUAAAAGGUGUUGCAGUCAAAUCCAAUAGAAAUGAAGCACUGGUGAUCAAUUUUUCAAAGGUAACAAAACAGAAAAAAAGAAAACACAACAUGCCUCCGUGCUGCUAGUGUGAUGACAUCCAUGCGUCCGGAAACCCCUGACAUUCAUAUUCGACACGUAACAGCGUCAUUUACAUCUUGUCUUGAGCCUAAAAGUCCACUACGGGAAGUGGCGAUGCUGACGCGAACCCCGCGUGUGCCCUUGGGCGAGGGCUUGUUGAGGUGUGUACGGUGCGUGUAAACGUGAGCGCGGCUCCGGGGAGGAUAUUUAGUCUGAAAACAUGGUGUAUAUGACGCCAUUUCGAGUCGCCAAUAAAUGAAGGGGGCUUCCGGACACUUGGGUGACGCCAUACGAGCAGAAUGGAGACAUGUAGUGUUAUUUCUGUACUUUUAUUACAUCUGAAAAAGAGGUACCGUUUACUUCAAUUGGAUUGGAUUUGGCUGCAGCACCGU